UAUAAUCCACUUAAUAACAGCAAAACAUUUGAAAGAGUAAGAGUAAAUUCAGGGUUUUGUGUAUGUGGAUGUGGAAAAAUUGUUUACUUUCAGUUAGGUGACUUAAUGCAGAGUUACUGUGUUGAUUUUCUGAGGGAUUUUCAUCACAUUUCUUCAGAGACACAUCAGUGAUGAAACAACAUCUGUUCAUACUCCUGUUUAUCACAGGAGUCCUCCCUGUCACCCAGACUAUCUAUCGCAGGUUCCACCUGAACCUACAGGGGAAGACAUGGAGUGAUGCUCAGGCUUACUGCAGGGCCAUGUACACUGACCUGGCUACCUUUGAAAAUCAUGAUGAAGCAGUCAGAGCUCAAAAUAUAGCACAGAGUCAAUCCUUGACUGGCAGCACUUGGAUCGGACUUUACAAUGAUGUCAACAGCUGGCGCUGGUCAAUGGGAAAUGAGCCACUAGGAAGUUUCAGAAGUUGGUGUUACACUAAUCCUGACAACUACGCUUCUAACGAAUAUUGUGCUGCAGUAGAUGUGCCCGGGUGGUUUGAUAGUUGCUGUGCAACAACAUUCCCCUUUAUCUGCUUUGAUGGAAGAUACACUGGCACCAGCAGCUAUAUUUAUAUCUCUACUGCCAUGAUAUGGUCUGAAGCUCAGAGCUAUUGUAGACAGCAUCACACAGACCUGGCCAGUGUAAGAAACUCAGCUGAAAGCUCAGUUAUAAUGGCAAUGAUCCCAGGGCCAACUUGGAUUGGUCUGUUCAGAGAUUCCUGGAAGUGGUCAGACCAGGCAAAUUUCACCACCAUUACCUGGGCAACUGGAGAACCUAAUAAUGCUGCAGGAAAUGAAAACUGUGCUUGUUUAAUAAAUGGUUUGGGUGUUGAUGUUCCAUGUUCACGUCUAAAACCUUUCUUCUGUGAAACAGUAAUCAAAGGAAAAAAGCAGAUUGCCAGAGUGAAGGUCCAGUCCGAUCAGGAUGUGAAAAGUCCUGCAGUUAAGGCAGCCAUCUUGGAUAAGAUUAUGCAGAUGCUCAGUGGUCAUGGGAACAUCACUGUCAAAUGGAGAGAGCAACCAGAUGGACUAGUAUUUAAUAAGAUUAAAGAAAAUACUAUUGCAAAUAUUUGUUAAAGUUUGUAUCUGUGGAUGCUGUUCAAUGCUGUGGGGUAUCACACAGUACAAAACUAGAUGUGAGACAUUACUCCUAGACAAAACUCUAUAUUGUGUAUCGUGUAGAUGAAGAAUAGUGUACUGUAUAAAUACAACAUCUAGUUCACAAUGUGUGAUAGAAUGUGUGUAAUAUUAGCACUGAUAUAAAAUUCAAGCAUUUCCAAUUAUCUGGCUAAUCCUGAGCUUUAGGUGUUGAGAUCCACAGUUAACUGUCUGCCAUACAGUUCAAGAUCUGCCUGUAACCAGAUCCAUAAAAGUCCCAGUAGGUAGCUCCUGAUGAAUUUAAGACUAGAUUGUGUAUUAUAUGUUUUUAAUUUAAAAAGAUUUUUACAUUGUGAUUAUAAAAAUUGAUUUCAUUUAAAAUGUAUUCAUAGAAAAUAAACUUUCCAUAAAGGUUUCCCAUAGGAACAAUACUGAACCCUAAUGACCUGUUAUUGCUUCUGUCCAGUUCCAUGCCUCCAUGCAGCCACACUUUUACUGUCUUGACUUGAACUUGAACAAGAAACAAUGAACACUUAUUACAGAUGUCCUAAGAAAUGGACCAGUCCAUCCCGCAUUCCAAGCCAGUUUUUUAAAAUCUUGUUUUCUUAAGCUUAUUUAAAUCAAAGCUUUUUUCUGACUUCCAGAUUUACAUUUUUUAUUUCCACUCAUUCUGUACAUUAC